AUGCCAUCAUUGCAUGUGAGGUCUUCAUGGAGGAUGCCACCUAUGGCAGCUUGUAUGAUCAGCAUUGAGAAAAGUUUGCAAUUGCCGUCACGAACCGUCUUACAUUUUGAAGUUGAUAAAUUUGCAGAGGAUGUGUUAAAGCAAUUCCCGUUCUACGAUGACCUUGAUGAGUUAUGGCGCGAUAACCCAUCAUAUGCCCCUAAAGCAUUCUCAUCGGAUCCCAAAGCCAAUCACUCUGACUGCCUGCAGUUGAUGGUGCAUACAAAAAGUGCUCCAGCUUCCACAUCUGUGGGCAGUAGCUGCCCACCUGCUGACAACAAAAAUCUUUAUGCCAAUACCAACACUGUCAAUGACCCAGAGCCCUCACGAUGUCUCCCUCCUGCUUAUACCAAUCCUCCCCAGCAGCUCCCGCAACCUCCGUCAUUUAACUCGAACGAUGACGAAUUUGAUUACAACAUGGUGGACAACAUGGUGGACAACAAUCAUAUAUAUCCGGACGACACGGGUGAUGGUGAGAUGGAUCCGGGUGAUGGCAAGAUGGAUGCAGACUAUGGCGAGAUGGACAUGGGCAAUGGCCUUGAGGGUGAUUAUGAGAUGGAGGCAUUGGAAACUGAAACUGCUGGCAGGAAUCGCGCUGACAAGCGCCCACGCCCAUUUUCUCCUUCACCACCACCUCAAGCUAAUAUUUCACAACUUGCGACACCACACACCCCACUGUAUGACACGCAAGCAUCGUUCACUACCCAUGCGGACCGUGCAGUAAAUCGCACGCCUCUUUCCAAGUCACAUUGCCCCUCCCCUUCUGUUGCACCUUCAAUCGUCAGUUCAUCUACACGAUCCUGCUCGUCAUCUGGACAGUCUGGAUCUGUUCAAAUGCGCACACCGUCAUCGAAUACAUCAUUCUCUACCAAGGCAAAGGGUGUCAAACAUGUGCGAUCCGAUAUCACAGAUGUUCGCAACAAGGUAAAGUUACUUGCCCAAGGGGUGGUAGCUGAGCACUACAGUGCAAAAUCGUCUGAGAAGAUGAUGAAGCUGCAAAUCCAUCAAAAGGAACGCGACCAGAUGUUUGCUUUUGGGGAUCAAUUGAUGCAACAGUCAAACAGUUCACUUGAUCAUCAGCGCACGCUAGAAUCGAAGAAUGCCGAUAUCUGUCUCGAGCAAGCAAAAGCUCAAACCCAUACUUUGGAGAUGGAAUUCAUUCGCCUCAAGCUCCAGCUGGGGGAGCAGCAGCUAAAGCUCCAGCAGCAGCAGCUCAAGCUCGCUGCCGGAUCGUCGUCAUUGCAUGCUUCAUAA